AAAAAAAAAAAAAAAAAACUUAUAACUUCUUUUUAAAAUACAAAAAAUAAAACUUAUUAAGCAAUUCUUUAUUAGGUUUCUCGUGGCGAUGGAGAAUUCUUACGACUCAAGCAAGUGGUCUGAUUCUACAACUCCAUAUAUGGUCUCGUGGUCACUACAAUCUGAGUCCUCUGAUUCUGAUUGGAACCGGUUUAAUCUUGGCUUCUCUUCUUCCUCCUUCGGUGGUAAUUUCCCGGCUGAUGAUUGUGUCGGUGGGAUCGAAAAAGCUGAGUCACUUUCAAGAAGCCACCGUCUAGCGGAGAAAAGACGCCGUGACCGGAUAAAUUCUCACCUCACUGCUCUCCGGAAACUUGUCCCCAAUUCCGACAAGUUAGACAAAGCAGCUCUAUUAGCAACAGUGAUUGAACAAGUGAAAGAACUCAAACAAAAAGCAGCAGAAUCACCAAUCUUCCAAGAUCUUCCAACAGAAGCAGAUGAAGUAACUGUACAGCCUGAAACUAUCUCUGACUUUGAAUCAAACACAAACACAAUCAUCUUCAAAGCUUCUUUUUGCUGCGAAGAUCAACCCGAAGCAAUCUCAGAGAUUAUUAGAGUUCUCACAAAGCUUCAACUCGAAACAAUCCAAGCAGAGAUAAUCUCUGUUGGGGGAAGAAUGAGAAUCAAUUUCAUCUUAAAAGAUAGCAACUGCAAUGAGACUACAAACAUAGCUGCUUCAGCAAAAGCUUUGAAGCAAUCUCUCUGCUCUGCGUUAAAUCGAAUCACAUCUUCUUCUACGACUACUUCUUCAGUUUGCAGAAUCAGAAGUAAAAGACAGAGAUGGUUCCUCUCUUCUCAUUAUUCUCACAAUGAAUAAAUUUCACAAUAUACAUAUACAUAGUAUAACACAAACCUCAUUAUUACUAAAGGUUUUUUCCGCAUUUUGGUUUAGAUUUGUUCCUACUAAACCAAUCACGAUUUGUAUAUUUCAAGAUUUGUAUAACCUAAAUCUAAAUCAUUCCAUAAGACCUAAGCCAAGAAUAACAUUAUUCGUAAUAAACUGAGUAGAUAGAUUAAGCUUUAACAUUAAUUGAGAAUCCAUAACAAUCCAACAACAAGGAAUAACUUAACUGAAACAAGUUCAGACAAAAGUACUUAGGAUUUAAGCGAAAAGACAGAAACAGGGAAGGUCUUGAAGAUGAGUCUACUUAGAUCGCUGUCUCAUC